AUUUUCUAUCUUUUUUUUUUAAUUCAUUUGUUUUUUCUCAAGAAUCAGGAAAGCAAACAUCGCUCAUUUUUUGUACCCUGUCGAUUGAAACGUAGCAAAGACAAUGUGUCUAUUCAACUUGAUACAGCUCAGAUGGUAUCUAUCUAUAUGGCCUCCGAGGAUUUCAUCCCUGAUAGUGUCUUCCAUCCUCUAGUUGUGAGCUUGAUUGGAAUGGUACAAGAUAUGGGCUACACAGCCAUGCUGGAAUUAUUUAGCAACUAUGCAAACAUCCGCCUAGGACGUGAACACACUCUCAGCUUAGGACCAGUAGUCAUUAAUAACAAGCCCUCAUUGAAGCUGGAAAUAUUACGACUGUCUAUCACUCAGGAGGAUGGUACCAAGACACCAAUAGGUGAACCCAGUCCUAGAGUAUGUAUGCAGGUUUUAGAGUUUCCGAAGAAAGAGAUGAAAGUGCUGACAUCUGGAAUGAAGCACACACGUUAUAAGUUCCGUGUCCUGUGCUGGGUAAACUUGCAAGAAAUGCACUUCCAUGAAUUAGAAGAGUGCCUGGAAAAUGACUGUAUCCUAUGUGGGAAGGUAUUGAUAACCACAGCCAAACUUCAGAGGAUGUUCAAGAAUAGGCAACUAGUGACAGAUCUUGCUAAUUGA